AAUUGUAAUGAGCAUGACACUUCGGUUUCGGAAGUUCUUAGAAGUGCUUACUCCUCCCUCUUGCUCACUCCAUUGAGAUUUGAGCCAAGCGGUGACAGUCCUAUUUUCAUUUUCAGUAAAUUUUAAAUUAUAACAGUAAAUCAUGUGCGAAGAAGUUAAAUUAUUCACCCGAGAGGAGCUCAAGAGCCGCAACUCCCGCGAAGACGCUAUACUUAUCAUUCACAACGGAGUAUACGAUGUCACAAAGUUUCUCGACGAGCAUCCCGGAGGAGAGGAAGUGCUCUUAGAGUUGGCGGGAAAAGAUGCGACAGAGCCAUUUGAAGACGUCAGCCACAGUUCCGACGCAAGGUCUUUAAUGAAGAAGUACAAAAUAGGCGAACUGGUGGAAGCAGACCGCACGCAGUCGAAGGCGGCCUUCGCGGCGCAAUGGAACAACGACCAGAAGCAGGAGCAGGGCAAUGCGUGGAGCGCGUGGAUGGUGCCGCUGCUGCUGGGCGUGGCGGCGACGCUGCUCUACCGGUACCUGUUCCUGUAGUGUGACCCGACUGUGGUGUCAGACGAGCGAACUAAAAUAUAACUGUAACCGUGAAACGCCAAAUCUAAUUAAUUUGUUUUCAAUUUUUUUUUUUUGCUUUAUUUUGUAAGGCAUAGACAAUUUCAUAUUUUUAAUGAAUACUUUUUGAAACGAAUGGCUCGCCGCGAAUCUUUCAGUCGCUACACUAAUGUAAAAUAAUAAAGCGAUUUACUUUAGCUAAUUGAAUGUAAAUAGCUUUGUUUAAGAUCAGUAAUAAGUGAUAUUUUUGACGUUACAACAGUGCUAAGUAAAUGACGAUGUUUUUUUUUUGUAAAAAUAAAAUACAUUUGUUUAACAUCAAUUGUAUAUACGUUGUAUUUCUCUAUGUCACAAUAUUAUGCAGUUGCAUUUAUUACAUUAUCAAACUAAAUGAAUAUUCCUUUGUUUUAAACUAAAUUAAAAUAUAUUCUUUGUAAGCAUAUUAUAAUUAAAAUUGUCAGAGGUUCAGAGGUUUCUCGCCAUUUUCCUUAAACGCAACGCCAUUUUAAUUAAAGGGACGUAAAUGUGUAUAUCUACAGAAUUCAUAAAUAAUUAUUUAAAAAUCUAUUUAUUAGGAAAUAAUUAAUAAUGUUUAUUUAUCUGUAAUUAGAUGUAAGAGUUGUUGGGAUUUGGUUUAAAGUUUAAAUAAAUUUUGUGUGUCUAUAUUUUCUAUAAUUAUUGUGAUGUGGUGCUGAGUUUUCAACUUCAUGGUGUGUUAACUGUUAGUUAAUUUGUCAAUUAUUGUGUACGGUAUUUAUAUGAAGAUUUAUACUUGAGUGUUGCUAGUGUAUAAUUUGCGAUGGUUAUAGUAUUAUAAUACAAAAUAAACACCAAUUAUACUAUUA